CGGUCUUGGAAUUAUAUUUCAGAAUAAUGAAGGCAGGUUUGACUUAACGAUGCAUCCCGGUAAAUGUCCCAGGGGUCGGUGGAAUCUAACUGGCUAUCAGGGAGCAGGGCAACAGUUUAAUCCGCUUGUGCUUCCCUUAUAACAUCGCCUUUUUCCUAUCCUUUGUUCUUUUACUUUCUCCUCGCGCCCCGUCGUUAUUUCCUGACGUAAUUGUUCACUACUCACAACGGUAUAUCCUCCACCUAACGGCCGAAUCCUAACUUCAUUUGCACGCACAGACACUCGGUUUCCACUACCAUUCCACACCUCGCCUCAUCCCAUCGUCAUAUCAUCAUCGACGACCUUUGAAACGACCUUUUGCAGCCACCUCCUAAACUCUUCUUCUUCCACAAUUACGCACAUACUCAUUCUGACGCCCACCCCAACAUGCGAUCCCUCUCUGCGCUCGCCAUCCUGGUCCUAUCGACUACCGUUGCGACAGCACAGCAAGCACCACAAUCCUUCCCCGAAUCACUCGUCAACCCCGAUUUCGCCUUAAGCCGAUCGAGGAUAGUUCUCGCCAGUGAUACAACUGGCUGCAAAAACUCGCCCUUUGGCGGCAACUGUCCUCAGAAUGCUCCCUGCUGCAGUGGCGCUGGCUACUGUGGAUCAGACCCUUCCUUCUGUGCAGAGGCGUGCCAAUCCUCUGGUUCUUUUGCUCCAGAUUCAUGCUGGCCCUUGCCCAUGGCUGUCAGCGUCCAGGAUGACUUCAAGGACAAGUCCAAAAUGGUCGCCGUCAAGGACUACAACGGCUUCCCCAGCACCGCAGACUGGGUCAUUGACCGAUCUCCUGGCACCCUGCCUCACGCAAUAAUUACGGACGAUGACAAGCUGCUUUUGAAGCUCAACCGAAUCGAGAAACACCCCGAGACUGGCGGCGGUAUCGGCGCCACUGUUCAUUCAACACGCUGGAUGAAAUACGGCGCGAUUGAAGCGCGUCUCAAGACUGCAUCCAAUGCCCCUGGACCCGUCUCCUCCUUUAUCCUGAUUUCACCUAUCUCUGGCGACGAGAUCGACUUUGAGGUCGUCGGCAAGAACUUCUCGGAUGUGCAGACCAACUUUUACUAUAAAGUUCAGCCUGAUCACGCUGUUGAUUACACGAACGGUAUGUACAUCGACGUCGGACUCGAUACCAGUGCCGAUUAUCACAUCUACAGACUUGAGUGGACUGAGACCGAGAUGAAGUGGUACUUUGACGGAGACCUCAAGCGCACGGCCACAGCUGCCGAUUCCGCCGGAAAGUACCCUGAUACCCCCAUGAGAGUCGCCUUUGGUCUUUGGGAUGGAGGCUAUGGAGAACCAGGCACCGCUGACUGGGCUGGCCGCAACACAUCGUACGAACCCAAUGAUCAACGCGAGUACCAGAUGUUGGUCGACUGGGUCAAGAUCGCGCCUCAAUAUCCCGACAACUCAACGGAGCCUUGGCCAGGCUCCAAGUACCUGCAGCAGAUGGAAAAUGGCACCAAUGGUGGUAGCGGAAAGAACGGAGGUGUGAAUGACGACGGCUCCAGUGGUAGCACUGGCAACGGAGGUAGCAAUGGCAACGGUGGCAGCGGCAAUUGGAGGAAUGCGGCCCCGGGUCUUGUUGCCUAUAUGGGUGGAAAUGCUGUGGUUGCCGUCUUUGCUGCGGUCGCAACCGCGUUCUUUACAUAGGUGUCUAACCGUAUUUGUUGUCCCACAGCCUACACUCUUUUUUUCGAUUUGCCGUAUUUUCACUAUGGCAAAUGCGGUAUUUCACUGAAUUAAAAUAUAUACUCGUGGG